AUGAACUACAGAAGAAUUUACGCAGGAGUGUUCUUCUCCAUCGUAGCCAAAUUUUCGAACCCCUCGGUUCACGAUUUUAUUCACCUGAAGCUGAAGGGCGAAAAGGCUACUUCCCUAAGUGGCAGUACAACAUAUGCUUUUUGCCACAGGGGGGGAAGAUCAAGAAGGCAUUUUAAAACUGCACGCGAAAAAAGGAGAGUGUCCAGCCGGCUCUACAAAUUCAGCCUCUUUGGAGGAAGAGCACACUUUCACAGAGAUAGAAAACUUGAGGGGAAAUUCUUUGCCAGCAAUUCCUUUGCUAUGGGUAAAGACCAACCCUUUGUGAUAUUCAUGCUUGGAGGGCCAGGCAGCGGAAAGGGAACGCAAUGCAAAUUGAUCCAAGACAAAUUUGACUUUGUUCACAUCAGCGCGGGUGACUGCUUGCGGGAGUACCUAAUAAAAUGCGAGAAGGGCCAAGUGGACACGAAGCACCAGGCUGUUGUCGAGGAUUGCAUAAAUAAUGGAAAAAUAGUGCCCGUGCAAAUCACCCUAGAACUGAUGAAAAUCAAAAUGGAGAACGAAAUUGAAAAGAGGAAGAAGCAGGAAAAGGAGGAGCAAACCAAAACGGGGGAGCAGACCAAAACAGGGGAACCGACCAACCUCCCGGACCAAGCGGAAAAGAAAAGUUUCUCAUUCGACGUGUUCGAUGACAGCAUCAAGUUAAAAAACGCUAACCUUGAUUACGAUCACGAGAAACUGAAAUACCAAAAUGGCAUACACGAAAACGAACAAGUACAGGAAAUCUUGCAGAGAAAUAAAUUUGAGCAAAAGGCAAAGUACAAGUUUAUAAUUGAUGGAUUUCCGAGAAAUUACGACAAUUUUGAUGGUUGGAUGAGCGUAAUAGGGACCUACGCCUACGUGCACUUGUGUCUGUUCCUUUACUGUGACGAGGACACGAUGAUUAAGCGGUGCAUGAACCGGGGGCUUAUGUGCGGCAGAGUUGACGACAACAUGGACACCCUGCGGAAGCGCUUCCAGACGCACAAAAACGGCUGCAUGCCAAUCAUCAACAUUUUUUUAAAUGAAAACAAAUGCAUCUUCAUCAAUGCAAAUAAAAACAUUGAAGACGUUUGGAAAGACAUACAGUACGUCUUCACGAAUAUGUAG